AGUUUCUCGGCUCGGACAAUGCUACUACGCUUGUAGAGAAGAGAAUAGAGAGCGCAAUAAACAGAGGUAAAUAAAUAUCAUACAAUGCCCUCCUCUUCUUCUUGAUCACACCUCCUUUAUUUCUUCUAUUUCAUGUCUCUCCCCACCAAACGCUCAGCCACAUCCACCACCUCCAACAACAACAACUCUUCUUCUUCUUCUUCUUCUUCUUCCAAUACCAACCCCAACCCCACAUCUCCUCCUCCCUUCUCCGCCAUGAAAAAGGCCAAAUCCCAAGCCGCAGCUCUCGACCCCAAAAACGGUCUCCACCACCAAGACUUCAACAACAGCAACAACAACAACAGCGAUGUCGUUUUCGACCCCUCUUCCAUGUCCGUCGACGACGAUUUCAAGCCCCACGACUCCUCCGCCCCUUCCCCUUCGCCAGCUCCGCCUCGCGCCGUCGCCGCCAAUUUGUCCAGAAAGAAAGCCCAGCCGCCUCAGCCCCCUAAGAAGCUUGUCAUCAAGCUCCUCAAAGCGAAACCAACACUGCCUGCAAAUUUUGAAGAGGAUACGUGGGCAAAGCUGAAAUCUGCUAUAUCUGCUAUAUUUUUAAAGCAACCCGAUCCUAUUGACUCAGAGAUACUUUAUCAGGCUGUUAAUGACCUUUGUCUACACAAAUUGGGGGGAAAUCUUUAUCAACGGAUUGAGAAGGAGUGUGAAGCGCACAUCUCUGAAGCAUUGCAAUCCUUGUUUGGCCAAAGCCCAGAUUUGGUGGUUUUUCUGUCACUUGUUGAGAGAUGCUGGCAGGAUCUUUGUGACCAAAUGUUGUUGAUUCGUGGUAUAGCCUUGUAUCUAGAUAGAACAUAUGUAAAGCAAACACCUAAUGUGCGAUCAUUGUGGGACAUGGGAUUGCAGCUUUUCCGCAAACAUCUUUCAUUAUCUCCAGAAGUUGAGCACAAAACUGUCACAGGCCUUUUAAGAAUGAUUCAGAGCGAAAGAUUAGGUGAAGCAGUGGAUAGGACUCUCCUUAACCAUCUCUUGAAGAUGUUUACUGCAUUAGGAAUUUACGCAGAAAGCUUUGAAAAGCCAUUUCUUGAGUGCACGUCUGAGUUUUAUGCUGCUGAAGGCAUGAAAUUCAUGCAGCAAUCAGAUGUUCCAGAUUAUCUGAAGCAUGUAGAGACAAGGUUGCAUGAGGAACAUGAAAGAUGUGUACUCUACCUGGAUGCUUGUACAAGAAAACCACUAAUAGCAACUGCAGAAAAGCAACUCCUUGAACGCCACAUAUCUGCCAUUCUUGAUAAGGGUUUCAUGAUGCUAAUGGAUGGGCACCGUAUUGAGGACCUUCAGAGGAUGUAUUCACUGUUUUCAAGGGUCAAUGCGCUUGAAUCACUAAGGCAAGCGCUUAGCUCAUACAUCCGCAGAACUGGGCAGGGCAUUGUCAUGGAUGAAGAGAAAGACAAAGAUAUGGUUUCAUCCCUUUUAGAAUUUAAGGCUUCGCUUGAUACAAUAUGGGAAGAAAGCUAUUCCAAGAAUGAUGCAUUUUGCAACACCAUUAAGGAUGCAUUUGAGCAUCUCAUCAAUCUUCGUCAGAACCGACCUGCUGAGCUGAUUGCAAAAUUUCUGGAUGAAAAGCUUCGUGCUGGGAAUAAGGGUACUUCCGAGGAAGAAUUGGAGGGUACUCUUGAUAAAGUUUUGGUUUUAUUCAGGUUUAUUCAGGGCAAGGAUGUGUUUGAAGCAUUUUAUAAGAAGGAUCUUGCAAAAAGGCUGCUUUUGGGAAAGAGCGCUUCCAUUGAUGCAGAGAAAUCGAUGAUCUCUAAGCUAAAGACAGAGUGUGGCAGCCAAUUUACAAACAAACUUGAAGGAAUGUUCAAAGACAUUGAAUUAUCAAAAGAAAUAAAUGAAUCCUUCAAACAAUCAUCCCAGGCCAGGACAAAACUCCCAUCUGGGAUUGAGUUGAGUGUACAUGUUUUAACAACAGGGUACUGGCCAACAUAUCCGCCCAUGGAUGUUAGACUUCCUCAUGAAUUGAAUGUCUACCAGGACAUUUUCAAGGAGUUCUACUUGAGCAAGUACAGUGGGAGGCGCUUAAUGUGGCAAAAUUCGCUAGGUCAUUGUGUGUUAAAAGCUGAAUUUCCUAAAGGUAAAAAGGAGCUGGCAGUUUCUCUGUUUCAGACUGUUGUUUUGAUGCUCUUUAAUGAUGCUGAGAGGCUAAGCUUUCAAGAUAUUAAGGACUCCACUGGAAUUGAAGAUAAGGAACUAAGGAGGACUUUGCAGUCCCUUGCAUGUGGAAAAGUUCGAGUCCUACAAAAGAUGCCCAAGGGUAGGGACGUAGAGGAUGAUGAUUCAUUUGUGUUCAACGAUGUAUUUACUGCUCCUCUUUACCGUAUAAAGGUAAAUGCAAUACAGAUGAAGGAAACAGUAGAGGAGAAUACAAGCACCACUGAACGAGUUUUUCAGGACCGUCAAUAUCAGGUUGAUGCUGCUAUUGUACGAAUAAUGAAGACUAGAAAAGUGCUCAGUCACACACUUCUGAUAACCGAACUCUUCCAACAGCUCAAAUUUCCAAUAAAGCCAGCUGAUUUGAAGAAACGGAUUGAAAGCCUUAUCGACAGGGAGUAUCUAGAGCGUGACAAGAACAACCCGCAGAUAUACAAUUACUUGGCAUAAUCAAUCUUUUUUAAUCUAUUUGUAAAUGACAAGUGCGGCUUCAGCCUUCAACAAGAAGGAAGACUGCCCCUUUGUCUAUCUGUACAGUAGUUUGUAGCUUUCAUUUUUGUUGUGUUUAACACUAUAAUUGUAAAGCAUAUUUAGUUGCUGUUUUGAAAUUCUCUUCCGUCGGAGGACUUGGUAUUCUUGAUAAUAAUCGGCACUUUUUGGCAA